AUGCAGCAGGCCGAGAUAGCUUCAAGAUCGUGGACAUGUUUAGAGUUAGCUAAAGAAGGCGAGCGCUUCUGUCGCGAAGGAAAGUUCCGUGAUGCUAUUCCUUUGUUUUUGGAUGCACUCACGCAUGGUACUAAUGACCUUUCAACUCUAUCUGCAAUCUACUGCCAGCUAGGGAAUGCGUAUUACUCCACGAAUGAUAUGCAGAAGGCCUUUUCUUACCAUUGUUAUGAUAUGAUGAUAGCGAAAUUGAUGAACGAUGAAGUAGGUGAAGCAAAAGCUUGUGGAAAUAUAGGCAACGUUUUGAAAAUGCAAAACUCUUUUCUUGAUGCCAUCGUAUUCACGGAACGGCAGUUAGAGCUUGCAGAACAACUAGAAGAUCAGAAGUGCAUGGCACGCGCUCUUUACAACCUCGGCACCAUUCAUCACGCUAGAGCGAGGAUAACUGCACAGAACACUAGUGUGAAUGGGAAUGAGAAUGCCAGCACCUUCACGCACAAAGACGCUAACGCCAAUGCAGAAGUCUCUCACAGUACCGGUUCUUCCUAUUCUUAUCGAGAAGAUUUGAACAUAGCCUUUCAGUAUUACUGUCGAAGCGCGGGUAUCUCGAGGAAGCUGGAGGAUCAUCUGAGCACUGGCCGGAUUUAUGGCAGCAUCGGAAAUGUGUUACAUUUACUUGGAGAUUACAAGGGAGCUAUAGAUUCACAUACUAAGCGUUUGUCAGUUGCAUCUCAGUUUGGGGACCACAAUGCUAAACAUCGAGCUUACAUAAACCUUGGCAAUGCUCACGUUUUACUAUCGGAAAUUGAUCAGGCCAUUGUGUAUUAUCAGUCUGCACUGAAUCUGGCUGUGGAGAAGAAUAAUAAAGGGCGAGAAGCACAAUGUUGUUUCUAUUUGGCAACUGCAUCGUCGCUGAAACCGGAUUAUCCAACAGCUGCCGGGUAUUAUCUUCGACAUCUUUCUCUAGCACGUACCCUGAAGGAUUACGCUGGUUUGGCAAGGGCAUACACGUCAUUGGCAGCGGUUUACACAAAUAUGGAAGACUAUUCAAAAGCGGCCUACUUUCUUGCGUGCCAUCGUGCACUUGGCAAAGAGGUAUGA